GGCUAGGUUCGGCCGCGAGGCAAGGAGGGUCAUGCGUCGCGAAUCAACGUAACCGUGAUACCCUCAGCACUGGGUCAAAGGGACUCUUGACUACGCAUUCCAACUUCAGAAAGGAGUGGCAGAUCGUAUGGGCAGGUAAAAUUUAAUGUUAGCGUGCCGAUACGGGAAUGUCAGGCUAUAUUUUCAUGGAGGAGAGAUGGUACAGAACUUGAUGAAGAUUUCCGGGUCUCGAGGCGAGCCAGCAAUAGGAAGACAAGUGCCGGGGAAUAAGAUUUGGAAAGGACAUUGAAGAUUCCCACGCCACCUUUCUUCACCUUCAUCCCGGCGCCAUUCUCAAAGCUUUAUUGUCAUCAUCGGCGACGGUGCUUGUAUCAAGUCCACUACGUUUGAAGAUUGACUGUAUCGCGUCAUUGCACCACAAUGUCUGAUGUCAGCGAAGGAGGCUCUACUUGGGAGUCGGGUGAUGAUGUGGAGGUCUGGCGCGUUGCGGCUUUCUUUUUCUUUCCUUCUUUGCUCGUGGAUGUCGAUAGGAUCACGGUUCUGCCACUUGUGCACUGAAGCUGAAGGUCCGAAAUUGGUCAUAACACGAGUUUUAGCUUACCAGGCUUGUCUUGCACUUAACCAUCGGCUACAUUCCCCGAGGACUCGGGUGGUGUGUUGCCAACGUGAAUCGUCAUUCAGAGGUCAGCGGGACCCCCAAGAUAAUCACUUCUCUCGUAUUUCCUUCCUGCAAGGGAAUGAUUCGAUCUCGGGUGUUUUGAAGGGAUAAUGAAUGCUAAUCCAGCCGAGGAUGUUAUGGAGUCAAAAGGUGCUGUAAAGCGGUGUACGGCUUAGUAAGAUUGCACCGGAUGUCAAUAAGAAUAUCAAUGUAUUGAGCCAUUGCCGUCUUGGCUAACCAAGACCUUUCGCUACAAUAUCGUUUACGCACAUGGUCGUUCAUCAAUCCGCUCAAGUAGCCGUACAGAUCGGUACUCGAUGGGCACAGAUCCUCGUUUCAACAUGCACUCUUUUCUGGGCGUCGAUGAUAUACCCGGUUACGACGAAGCAUAGUGCUUCAUAUCCACGACGACCUCCUCCAAACCGCUGCAGUGAAGGGAAGGUCCUUUCACGAUGACGGGUAACCACAGUACACAA